AUGGCUGCCGAAGAGAACACCCCACCUAGCACCACUGAGGCUACUAAGCCUGACGAGUCUCCUGAGACUCCCACCACCACCCAGGAUCCCACAAACAAGCCCGCCGCUGACCAGCUUGACGGCGCUGGCUCGCCAGGCAAUGGCAACGCGCUCGCCGACACUGAGCUCAAGGUGGAGGUAAAGCUCGCAGACUUGCAAGCGGACCCAGACAACCCGCUCUAUUCCGCUAAGACCUUCGAAGAGCUCCAAUUGUCCGAUGAGCUGCUGAAGGGCAUUCACCAGAUGAAUUUCCGCAAGCCCUCAAAGAUCCAGGAGAAGGCACUACCGCUGCUCCUCAUCAACCCGCCCCAAAACAUGAUUGCUCAGUCACAAUCCGGAACGGGCAAGACGGCCGCUUUCUCACUGAACAUUCUUUCGCGAGUCGACAUUAGUAACGUCGCGCCACAAGCCCUUGUCCUCGCGCCGAGUCGGGAGCUCGCUCGCCAAAUCUUGGGCGUCAUUUCACACAUGGGACAGUUCAUUGAGGGCUUGAAGACAAUGGCAGCUGUUCCAGACCCCUCGCGACGAGGUCAGAAGUACGAGGCACAUGUUCUAGUUGGGACUCCGGGUACGGCGAUGGACAUGAUUCGGAGGCGCCUUAUCGACCCGCGCAACAUUAAGAUCCUGGUUCUGGAUGAAGCCGACAACAUGUUGGACCAGGGCGGUCUCGGCGAGCAGUGUACGCGUGUGAAGGCACUUAUUCCGGGUAGUUUCCAGACUGUGCUAUUCUCAGCGACGUUCCCCGACCACGUCAUCAAUUUCGCGCAGAAGUUCGCCCCGAAUGCCAACGUGAUCACCCUUGCUCACGAAGAGCUCACGAUCGAGGGUAUCAAGCAGCUAUGCAUCGACUGUCCCUCCGAGGCUGGAAAGUAUGAUGUGCUGCUUAAGUUCUACGGCCUCAUGUCACAGGCCUCUUCGAUUAUCUUCGUACGAAAGAAGGCCACCGCCGAACAGCUCGAGGCACGCAUGACCGCGGACGGCCACAAGGUUGCCCAGCUGAGCGGUAACCUGGAAGGAGAUGCUCGUGACAGGGUCAUUGACGCAUUCAGGUCUGGCGAAGCCAAGGUAUUGAUCACGACCAAUGUGCUCGCUCGUGGUAUUGAUGUCCAAUCGGUCACCAUGGUCAUCAACUUCGAUGUUCCUACCAUGGCCAACGGACGCGACCCCGACCCCGAGACAUACCUUCACCGCAUCGGUCGAACCGGUCGCUUUGGACGUGUCGGUGUCGCUUUGACGCUCAUCCACGACCGUCCAUCUUGGGAGCAGCUCCACGCUAUCGCCGACUACUACAAGACGGAAGUGCAGCCGCUGCCGUUGGAGGACUGGGACACGGUGGAGGAGACGAUCACGAAGGUUAUCAAGAACUCGCGUGCUGGCAAGAGCACCGUUGACAUGGUCAAGUAG